GGCCCAUCACGUGGGUGACAACCCAUUUCGGGAAAGGAAGGGAGCAUUCUACGCCCUCUAGGGAGCGGAUGAGCCCCUCUCCUCACUUUCCCCAGCUCUCCGGGCGCGCCUCCGCUUUAAGGAAGGGGCGUGGCCUCUCCCACAGGGGCGGUUCCGGAACGAGAAGCUUGUUCGAAAGCCGUGAGCGUAUUUGGCGGGAAGUUGGCUUCGCUGGGCUACCUGUGGCUCUCCUGCCUUUCCUGGUCCCUGUCUUGUUUCUCCCCAGAGGCCUCUCAAUCCCCAUUCCAUGAUCUCGGCAUAGGGUCCCGUGUACUCCUUCGCCCGGAAGACGCGAUGGCUCCCAGGAAACGACCAGAAACCCAGAAGACCCCUGAAGUUCCUAAGUGCCCCAAGAGCAAGAGGAGCAGAAGUCCUCAGGAGCUGGAGCAAGAGGCCAAGAAACUCUUUGUGAAAGGCCCCGGUUCUAGCAGAAGACAUGACUCAGGCUGUCUUUGGGCAGGAUUGGCUAACCUGCAGGUUCUGCCGCCAUACAGUAGCCUUGUCAGGGCCCUCCACCAGCAUAAGCUGGGCAAAGCUGCCUGGCCGAUGCUGCAGCAGAGUCUCCAGCAGUCCUUUUUGCACUCUCUGGCUUCUUACCGGAUAUUCCAAAAGGCUGCCCCCUUUGACAGGAGGGCCACAUCCUUGACAUGGCACCCGACUCACCCCAGCACCGUGGCUGUAGGUUCCAAAGGAGGCGAUGUCUUGCUCUGGAACUUUAACACAAAGGACAAACCCACCUUCAUUAAAGGGAUUGGAGCUGGAGGGAGCAUCACAGGGCUGAAGUUUAACCCUCUCAAUACCAACCAGUUUUUUACCUCCUCAAUGGAGGGAACAACUAGGCUGCAAGACUUUAAAGGCAACACUCUCCGAGUUUUUACCAGCUCAGGCACCUGCAACUUCUGGUUCUGCAGCCUGGACGUGUCUGCCGGAAGCCGGGUGGUGGUCACAGGAGACAAUGCGGGGCAAGUGGUCCUGCUGAACAUGGACGGCAAGGAGCUUUGGAAUCUCAGACUGCACAAAAAGAAGGUGACCCAUGUGGCCCUGAACCCAUGCUGUGAUUGGCUCCUGGCCACAGCCUCUGUAGAUCAAACAGUGAAAAUCUGGGACCUGCGCCAGGUUAGAGGGAAAUCCAGCUUCCUCUCCUCGCUGCCACACAGGCAUCCUGUCAACGCAGCUUGUUUCAGUCCUGAUGGAGCCCGGCUCCUGACCACUGACCAGAACAGCGAGAUCCGGGUUUACUCUGCCUCCCAGUGGGACUGCCCCCUGGGCGUGAUCCCACACCCUCACCGCCACUUCCAGCACCUCACGCCCAUCAAGGCAACCUGGCAUCCUCGGUACAACCUCAUUUUCGUGGGCCGGUACCCAGAUCCUAAUUUCAAAAGCUGUACUCCCCAUGAAUUAAGGACGAUCGAUGUGUUUGAUGGAAGCUCAGGGAAUAUGAUGUGUCAGCUCUAUGACCCAGAAUAUUCUGGUAUCAUUUCGCUCAAUGAAUUCAAUCCCAUGGGGGACACGCUGGCCUCUGUGAUGGGUUAUCACAUUCUCAUUUGGAGCCAGGAGGAAGCUGGGAUACAGAAGCGAGAGACAGUCACAAAGGUGUGUGCCAAGCAAGGGCUUGGAGCUACAAAUGGGAACAAGUCCUGUGAGAAGCGGCAGCUAUCUGUUAAAGGGCUAAAAGUAUACAAGUCUUAGGGUUGGAGCAGGGGCACUGUGGCAUAGGGCACUGUGGGACUGGGACACUGGCAUGCUACUGCUUUGGACCUAGCUCCAGAAACUUCUCUAGAGUUGGUGACCCGCUGCACCAAGGGUCCCUGCUGUAUCUAUCUUGGAGCCAAGCUUAUCUUGGGGCCAAGGUACUUUUCUUCUCUCUGAUGUGCAGAGGCAGGGUAUCAGGUAUUGUUUUUUAGCUUGUUCUCAAUAUUGACAUGUCCAAUAAACCAUAUCCAACUGAAA